AUGGAGCGGCAUUUGGCCCGGAGCAAAGCGCGGCUGCCCUCGCUGCUCCUGGCGCUGCUCGGCCUCGGGCCAGAGCUCCUGUUCGGCCAAGCCCGGCCCCAGCCCCGGCAGGUGAACGGUGUCCUGGGGGGGUCGGUGCUGCUGUCCCCGGCUCUGCCCCCCAACAGGACGGUGAAGGAGAUCGAGUGGAGCUUCUCGGCCGGCACCGGGGCCACCAUCCAGGUGGCAGAGCUGGGCCCCGGUGGCUUCGAGCGCCCGGACCCCAAGGACCGGUUCAAGGAGCGGCUGGAGAUGUUCAACCAGACGGGGCUGAGGAUCGCGGGGCUGCAGCGUGGGGACAGUGGGGUCUAUGGGGCUCGCAUCAAGCUGCACCCGGCCAUGGUGGAGGAUCAGUUCUUCAACCUCUCCAUCUAUGAGUCGGUGCCAAGCCCCCGCACCCGCAGCCAGCUCCUGGCCAGCACCUUGGAAUGGUGCAACGUGACCCUGCAGUGCCAGGGCUCCGGGAAAGGAGCCGUUAACGUCACUUGGAAGCAGGAUAACAUCGAGUGGGAGCGGAGCUCGGAGCGGCACCAGCUCUCCCCCGACGGGACCACACUGCGGCUCUGGCUGCCGCCCGCAGCCACCAACGGGACCCUGGCGUGCACCGUCAGCAACCCCGCGGACCGCAGGGUCGUGCUCUUCGACCUGGGUGCUAUUUGCCAAGCGGGAGGGGGACAAUCGGGCUUCUCCAAGUCGGGCUACAUCGUCCUGACCCUCAUCCUGCUGGCGCUGAGCAUGGGGGGAGCCUUCUGGUGCUGGAGGGUUAACAGCGACAAAGCGGCAGAGCAGGCCGCAUCCCACACGGCGCCCACGGAGGAGCCGCCCCCCGAGCCCCCCUGCACCGAGACCGAGCAAAGGAGCCCCCCGGAAGGUAAUGACCAGGGCCCGGCUCCCACCGGGAAUGAGGAGGAGCAGAGCACGGAGCAGAAGGCACCGGUGACCACAGAGAACGAGCAGCUCCAGAGGGCACCAGGGGACACGGGCGCGGAGGUGACAUAG